AUGCGCCGCGCAUCCCGCCACUCCUCGCCUACAAUAGAUCUCAAGGCGCAGUCGCAGCAGGCGCAGGCGGCGCUGGCGGAGCUGGCGCAGCAGCGGCAGGCGGCGCAGGCCGACCUCAAGAAGCUGCAGGAGCGCCGCGCGGCCGAGGCAGAGGCGCUGGGGCGCGACGCCGAGGCGGCCCGCGUGGAGGCGGCGCGCCUGGGAGCUCUGCAGCAACAGGCUGAGGAAGCCGGCGCGCAGCUGGCCGACCUGGCACGGCAGAGGGAGGCGGGCGGCCACGAGCUGCGCGAGGCGCAGCACGCGCUGCGUGUGGUGCAGGGCGAGGCCACGGCCGCGCAGGACCGACUGGCGCAGCUGCAGGCGUCGAUCGCCGACGGCCGCCAGCGGCUGGAGGCCCAGGCGGCCGGCUCGGCGGCGGCGGCGCGGCAGCUGGAGGAGGCCCGGGAGGGGCUGCGCAGCGCGCGGAGCGGGGCCGAGGAGGCGGUGGCGGAGGCCGAGGACGCGCGGAACGAGUGCGGGCGCGUGCUGCGCGAGCUCGCUUCGGUGCACGAGGAGCUGCAGGCAGCUGAGCUGAAGCUCGCAGAGACAGGCGAGGCGGCCGCCAGGGAGGGGGCCGCGCUGGAGCAGCUGCGCGCUGCGCUGCAGGACCUCCAGGUGCGCGAGGGCGCGGCGCGGCGCGCGGCGGAAGUUGAGGAGUCGCGCCUGGAGGAGCUCAAGGCGGCUGAGCGCGAGCUCGACCUGCUGACACGCACCGCGGGCCGCGCAGACCACCAGCUUCAGCAGCUGCAGUCGCAGCUCCUGUCGCUGCGCCAGCAGCACCCGCACGCCGCCGCGGCCGUGCUCGGCCUGAGCGGCUCGUCAGGGCUGCCGAUCCACGACCACCACGUGACGCAAGGCGCGAUGGUGCCAGCAGCGGCAGCGGCAGAGCAGCAGCGGCAGCUCGGGAUGGAUGGCGGCGGCGGCGGGGGCGGCGCGGUGGCGGCCGCGGCGGCCGAGGCGGCGCUGCAGGUGCGGCUGGUGGCGGCGGAGGCGCGGCGGCAGCUGGCCGAGGAGCGAUGCCAGGACCUCAGCGCCCGGGUCCAGUCACUCCAGGCUGACGGCGAGGCGGCUCGCAAUCGCGCCGACGCCGCCGCUCAGCAGCUGCGCCAGGCCACGUCCAAAGGCGACCGCCUGCGCGACCGCCUGCGCGCCAAGGAGCAGCAGCUGGCCGCCGCGCAGGAGCAGGCAGCCGCGCAGCAGCUGCGGCUGCAGGAGCAGGAGCAGCGGCUGGCGGCCGCCCAGGAGCAGGCGGCAUCGGCGCGGCGGCGCCUGCAGGAGCUGCAGCAGCAGCGGGACAGCCAGCAACAGGCGCAAGAGGAGGAGCAGCGGCGCCUGCUGCAGCAGCUCUCCAGGCGCGUGGAGGAGUGCGAGGCUGAGCUGCGGGCCGCAGGUGAGCGCGAGCUGCUGCUGCGCGCGGCAAAAGCGGAGGCGGACCAGCGGAUGGAGGCGGUCAACACGGAGGUCGCCGAGCAGCUGGCCGCCCUGCGCCAGCAGCUGGAAGGCGAACGGGCGAAGGCCGCGCGGCUGCGCCAGCAGGCGGCUGCCUCGGCCUCGGCCGCGGCGGCUGCAAGCGCCGACGCGGCCGCGGCGCGGCAGUUAUCGGACGAGGGCCGGGCGUCGGCGGGGCUGCAGGAGUGGGUGGCCGAGCUCCAGGAACAGCUGCAGGCUGAGGCUGACGAGAGGGAGGCGCUGGUGGGCGCUCUGCAGCACGCGGAGUCCGCCCUGUCCGAGCAGCGCCUCGCGGCGGCCGCGGCGCUGGAGCGGGCGGCUGCGGCCGAGGCGGCGGCGGCUGCGGCGGCCGCCGGCGGCGGGGCGAGCGUUGGGGAGCGGCCUGGCGGGCAGGGGCAGGAGCUGGCUGAUACACGGCAGGCGCAGCAGCUGCAGCAGGAGCGAUGGGAGGCAGACGCGCGGCGCCGCGAGGUGCAGGGCCUUGAGGCGCAGAAGCAGCGGCUGCAGCGCAAGGUGGCCGGCGCGCAGCAGGCGCUUGCGGCCGCGAGGCGGCAGCUCGCAGAGGCACGUGCGGCGGCGGCGCUGGCGGCGGGGCGGGAUGAGGGUCGUCGUGCGCCGGUGCUCCAGCAGCAGCAGCAGCAGCAGCAGCAGCAGCAGCAGCAGCAGCAGCAGCCGCAGCAGCAGCAAGAGCAGCAGCAGCAGCAGCAGCAGCAGCAGCAGCAGCAGCAGCAGCAGGAGCAGCAGCAGCAGCAGCAGCAGCCGCAGCAGGAGGAGCAGCAGGCUGAGGCUGCAGCCGGGGCCCCUCCAAGCAGCCAGGGGUCUGCCGGCCUCUGGGAACAGCAAGGCGGCUUCGGUGGUGGGCACGCUCACAAGGGCAGCCCCGUGGCCACGAUCGCGACACAGGAGCCACUGCCAACUGCGGCAGCAUCUUCGGCAUUGAGCGGUGAGGUCGAGGCGCUGCGGCGGCGCGCAGACGAUCUGGAGGCGCGCACUGUUUACCUGCAGCGUGAACUGCAGGCUGCGCAGUCCACGGCCGCUCGCUCCGCGCAGCAACUGCAGUGGGCGGAGCAGGAGUCUGCACAGCUCGAGCAGCUGCUGCAGCAGCAGCAGGCGGCUUCCGCGCAGCUGCGCGUCGAGGUGGCAAAGCUGCGGGCAGUUGCCACGGUGGCGGGCGCUUUGCCUGCCGGGGACGGCGGCGCCGGCGGGGGCGGUGCGGAUGUGGCACCUCAGCGGUGCCAAGACCAGGAGCCCUGGGCAGCGCAUGGUGGCCAGCAGCAGCAGCAGCCGCAGCAGGAGCAGCAGGAGCAGCAGCAGCAGCAGGAGCAGCAGGAGGAGCAGCAGGAGGAGCAGGAGGAGGAGCCGCAGGAGCAGCAGCAGCAGCAGCACGUGCAGCUGCUGGACGCUCUCCACCUUGCCGCCGCGCUGCAGGGCGUGCUGCAGGAGGCCGCCGCCGCGCUGGGCGCACACGAGGCGGCUGCGGAGGCGCUCCUCCAGCAAAUUGCAGAGUCGACCUCGGAGCUGAUGGCGGUCCAAGAGGAGCUGGACGAGUCCGAGGAUAGGGCCGCGGCGGCGGCCGCGGCGCUCGACGCCCUGCGCGGGGACGUGGCCGACGCGCUCGGCCGCGCGGCCGAGCGCGUCGGCGCGGGCGAGCGGGAGGCGGGAGCUGACGGGGUGGCGGCCAGCCCGGGCUGUGCGUGCAGGGAAGGCGCAGACCAGGAGCUGGUUGGGCGCCUGAGGCUGUGGUUGUCAGGGGAGCCCAGCCGCGCAGCGGCGGGGCUGGACGCGGCCGAGGCGCGGCGGCGGCAGCUUGAGAGGCAGCUGGCAGAUGCGGAUUUGCAGCUGGCCAAGGUUAAAGCGGAGUUGGGCCAGUCUGAGGAGCGGGUGCGCGCCAGCCUCGUGACGGCCCAGGCCGCAAGGAGUGAGUUGCAGGCCGCAAUGGCUAGGGCUGCAGAGGCCGAGGCGGCGGCGGCGAGCUGGCGGCUGCAAGCGAAGGAGGCGGGGCAGCUGCGGCUGCAGCUGCAGGCAUACCAGGAGCGCCGGCACAUCCAGACGCAAACACAAACAGACCUGCAGCUGGGCGCUCCACCCACACCUCUGGACGUUGUUCGAGACGCCAAUGUUAGCAGCAGCAGCGGCGGAGGCAGAGGGGCAGAGGGCGCCCUUGCCGAAAAGCAGCAGAGCCGCAGCACCGGCGCGAUGGUGGCGUUGGCCGAAGCCGCAGCGGGGCCGGCCGGUGACGCGGCAGGCGCCUGGAAGCUUCUGCAGGAAGCGUACGCGCAUCUGGAGGUGCAGGUGCAACAGCAAGAGGACGCCAUCCGCGCCAUGAGGCGCGACCAGCACGCGGGCGUUGGCGGCGGCGGCGAGGCUGAUGACAGCGCGCGCGCGGCGGGGCCGGUGCGCGCGUGGGCGGAGCUGCAGCGGCAGACUGAGCUGCAGCAUGCCAUCAUGCUGCGCAUGCAGGAGCAGUCUGAAGAGGCCGCCAAGGCAGAGGGCGAGCUGGCGCGCCUGCAGGCCGCGUGCCGCGGGGAGCAGCUCCUCCUGCAGCAGUUGCAGGCCAGCCGUCAGCGCGAGGAGGACGAGCAUGGGGCGGCGCGGCGCGCGGCCGAGGUGGUGCGGCGGGAGCGGGCGGAGCUGCAGGCUGAGCUUGAGGCCCGCAAGGAAACUGUGGAGCAGCUGCGGGCCGAGGCGCGGGCCCUCGAGGCCGAUGGGCGCCGGCUGCGGGCUGAGGUGGCGGCUUUGGGGGCAGAGGUGCUGGAGCUGCGGGGACGGCGGGAGGCAGAGCGUGCGGCGGCGGUUGAGGCGGCGCAGGCAGCAGCCGCCACGGCCGCGGCGACAGCGCCGUCUACGGUCAGCAGUGGUGCGCAAACGGAGAGCUCCGGCUCACAGCUGCAGCAGCAGCAGCAGCAGCAGCAGCAGCAGCAGCAGCAGCAGCAGCAGCCAGCGAUGGCGUCAGGCGGCCAGCGCCUCUCACCCACAGACCUCGCCGUCGCCGCUGGCGCGCUCGCGACAGCCGCGCAGCAGCUGCAGUCGGAGGUGCGCGCCAUCGCAACGCGCCACGCGGCUCUGGUGGCGGCCGCCGAAAAGCUGACGGGCGACUUCCGCGCCGGCGGCCGCGCCGUGCGCGUACGCGCGCUUUCGCUGCUCGGGGCGCUGCACGCGGCUGCGGCUGCGGCGGCCCCGGGCGGCGGCGAUGACCCCGCUUGCGCAGGCGGCUGUGGCAGCGCCGGGACCUUGCCGCGCGGCCUAGCUCAGGCGGUGGUGCGGCACUGGGAGGAAAUCGAGCUGCUGCUCUCGCGGCUGCACAAAACCUGCGACUCCCUGCAGCCGCCGGGACCGACGGACUCCGGCGCGCCGCGCGCCGGCAGCAGCAGCGACGGCAGCGGCGGCGGCAGCAGCGCCGGCGCCGUCGGGGCCGCGGCCGACGCGCGGCGCGUGGACCGGCACUGCCGGCGGCUGGCGCGCGGGCUGCAGCUGCUGCAGGAGCGGCUUGCAGCGUGCCAGCCACACGGGAUCGGGCAAUCAGCUGCCGGCGCAGGCGACGUGCGGGGCGCGUGUGGCGCCGCCAACGGGCCUAGCUCGGCGAUGCAGAGCUCUGAGGCACGGUCGCAGCCAGCAUUGGCGGCGCUGUCCGCGGCGCCUUCAAGGGAACCGCGCGUGGAUGGCCGCAUGGGCCCGGGCGCGGCAAGGCGUGAUCUCAGGGCCAUCCACGCAGUCCAUAGCGCCGCCCCUGCCGCGGAGCUGGCCCGCCCAGGCGGCCGGCCGGCUGCGGGUGCCGUGCAGCAAUGCAGCAGCAGUGGGAGCGGCGAGGGCCACAGACCAUCAGCAGGGCCCGCAGCUGCUCCGUGCCCUCGAUCUACCGCACUGCAACCUGCUGGCGGCGCUGGCAGCGGCGUGGCGGAGCGGGGCGGCGCCGGGGGUGGGGGCGGCGACGGCCGGCGGCGAGAGCAGCGGGCAGCGCUGCUGACUGAGCUGCGGGAAUUCAGGCGCUUGCUGGAUGGCGGUGGCGGAGGCACGUAG